AAAUUUUCUGGUUUCCAUUCGUCAUUGCGAAAAUUUUACCUUCGUGAGAAACAUCCAUAAUUGCGUCAAUUGACUUAAAAUCGAAUUAUAGCCAAAUAUUUGUGGCCAAGCCUUUCAACAGCUUACAAAGUGCCAGUAAACGUAUUUAAAUGUUUGUUGAAGACAAUUUUCCUGUAUUUGCAGCAGUCGCCCUAGCAGCGCUUAUUCGCAGCAGUGGCGAAGAAUUUUAAGUUUCAAAAGGCAAAUAGUGCGAUAAGGAAGUGGAAGUGGUGCUAAAAAAACGUAUAUUAUAAUUUCUAAAGUAGCUAGAAGCUUGUGUGUUUGUUUGUUUGCAUACGUGACCUCAGUCGCAAAGCGAAAACCCAGAGUAACGUAGGAGAAUACCAUAGUCUACAUCUACGUUAAAACUAUUUUACCCGUACACAAUAAAGUAUCUUCGUUAUGCCACAAUCACGUGCUGCCGCGGCAGAAGCUGCGGCAACUGGAAGUGGGCCACAACCACUCGUUAAAAUUGGUCAUUAUUUGCUAGGCGCAACACUCGGCACAGGCACCUUUGGUAAGGUGAAAAUUGGUGAGCAUCAGAUGACGCACCAUAAGGUAGCGGUUAAGAUAUUAAAUCGACAGAAGAUUAAAAGUCUUGACGUUGUCGGUAAAAUUCGUAGAGAGAUACAGAAUUUGAAACUCUUCCGGCAUCCUCACAUCAUUAAGCUUUAUCAGGUCAUAUCUACGCCAACUGAUAUUUUUAUGAUUAUGGAAUACGUGAGCGGUGGUGAACUCUUCGAUUACAUUGUUAAACAUGGCAAAUUGCAGGAACAUGAAGCACGUCGCUUUUUUCAGCAGAUCAUAUCCGGUGUAGACUAUUGUCAUCGCCAUAUGGUUGUACAUCGCGAUUUGAAACCAGAAAAUUUGUUGCUCGAUCACAAUUUACAUGUAAAGAUCGCAGACUUCGGUUUGUCCAACAUGAUGUUAGAUGGCGAGUUCUUGCGUACUUCAUGUGGCUCGCCCAACUAUGCCGCACCUGAGGUAAUAUCUGGAAAACUUUAUGCUGGUCCAGAAGUAGAUAUAUGGUCAUGCGGUGUCAUUCUCUAUGCACUACUAUGUGGCACGCUACCAUUCGAUGACGAACAUGUUCCGACGCUCUUCCGAAAAAUCAAAUCUGGUAUUUUUCCCAUACCAGAGUACCUGAAUAAGCAGGUGGUCAAUUUAGUGUGCCAGAUGUUACAAGUAGAUCCACUUAAGCGCGCUACCAUGGAAGAGAUUAAGAAGCAUGAAUGGUUCCAAAAGGAACUACCUUCGUAUCUUUUCCCCUCCUCGAUUGAGCAAGAUUCGAAUGUAAUUGACACUGUUGCAGUUGCCGAAGUUUGUGGGAAAUUUGGCGUUAAAGAGACGGAAGUGCAUAAUGCAUUGCUCAGUGGCGAUCCACAUGAUCAAUUGGCUAUCGCUUAUCAUUUAAUUAUCGACAACAAACGUUUCGCUGACGAGGCAGCAAAGACGGAAAUCAACAACUUUUUCGUAGCUGGUUCACCACCGCCUGCCGCCCACUCACCCAGUGAGCGCGCUGAACCAGUUGGACCAACUGCCGUAACCACUGCCGGCGGCAACACCUCGGGCACAUCAACUCCAGGCGGACCAAACAGCGCCAUGCGUCCACAUCCUGAACGCAUUGCACCGAUGCGUGAACGACAAUUGGCCAUGUCGGUGCAGGCAUCGGGCGGCGGUGCCUUCCCCGAAAAAGCAGCACGUGGCACACCAAUCAAACGCGCCAAAUGGCAUUUGGGUAUUAGAUCGCAAAGUAAACCUAACGACAUCAUGCAAGAAGUGUAUCGUGCCAUGAAAGCUCUAGACUAUGAAUGGAAGAUCAUUAAUCCAUAUCAUGUGCGUGUGCGUCGUCAAAACCUCAAGACAGGCAAAUACUCGAAGAUGUCUUUGCAGCUAUAUCAAGUGGAUUCCAAGAGUUACUUGCUGGAUUUUAAAUCUUUAACCAACGAAGAGGUUGAGCAAGGUGAUGACGUUAUACUGGAAAGUUUGACACCACCGCCGCUGAGUGUACAGGGUGCAAUGCCGCAACAGCCUACAGGUCACCAUACAAUGGAGUUUUUCGAGAUGUGCGCCGCUUUAAUUAUACAAUUAGCUCGUUAGAUGAUAAAGGCGAGCUUUUUCGUUGAAUAUAUUAUACAACUUUUAUUUAGAGUAUAAUUGGGCUCGCGGGAUUUGUAUUUCUUUAGUUGCAUAUAUCGUUUGAUGAUCAGCUAACAGGAAUUUCGAGUAAUAAAGAUUUUUCGUAUAUUAAUUGUUAUAGUAUCGCUAACGCUUUUAUUAAAAAUAAAACUAUUGAAACGUUUCAAAAGGCUUUUAUGUUGCGAACCAGAUAAAAUUAAUGAGUUAUUUCUUAUACACUAACAAUUUCAUUUUUUAUUCCUUUAUAGUAUGUAUUGAGAAGAAGAGUUGAAGAAUUUAAGCGUUUUCCAAAUUGCAGUAUUGUUAACGAACAGCUGAAUAAAUUCAAUUAAUAAUCGAAAUAUUACACAAAAUAUCUUUGUCCGUUUGUGUUGUCGGGUAUAAUAUUGUAACAUCUUAUUUGUUUAUAUUUUAUAUGUUAAUAUCGCAUAUUAUUAUAAAAUCGUAUUACGUAUGUACGUCAAAAUAAUUAAGAGAAAAUACAAUGCUCAUAGUGAUGAGUGUAAAAUUGUAUACUAAGUCUACCCGAAAAAUACAAUGUGUAAAUAAAAACUUACAUACGAAAUACACAAAUUAUUCUUUCA